CUUACACGCCCCCAUGAUGACGCACCAGGAGAAAACAUGGCGACGAAGGGACUCCGUCAGCGUAACAGACGGGGGAGCAAACAAGACGCCAGCACCGCGAGCAGUCCGGCUGUCAGCGAAAACCGGGCCGCAAAGGACGAGAAAGGCGUCGAGGACAGUAAAACCACCGAGUCGAGAAAUGAGUCCUCCAGUAGUAAGGCAGGCCAGGUUUGGGCUCCCGAGGGGUCGACAGCUUUCAAGUGCCUGGUGUCUGCCCGCUUCUGCGCCGCUUUACUCAGCAACAUCUCUGACUGUGACGAGACCUUCAAUUACUGGGAGCCGACUCAUUACCUGCUGUAUGGGAGAGGGAUGCAGACGUGGGAAUAUUCCCCCGCGUAUGCCAUUCGCUCCUAUGCCUACCUGUGGCUGCACGCCCUUCCUGCCUGCUUUCACGCCAAGAUACUUCAAACCAACAAGGUCCUCGUGUUUUACUUCCUCCGCUGCGUCCUAGCAUUCGCCUGCUGUGUGUGUGAACUCUACUUCUACAAGGCGGUUUGUAAGAAGUUUGGCCUGCACGUCGCCCGGCUCAUGCUGGCCUUCCUGGUUUUAAGCGCUGGGAUGUUCUGCUCUUCUGCAGCUUUCCUGCCCAGCACCUUCUGCAUGUACAGUACGGUGGUCGCGAUGACUGGCUGGUUCCAAGGGCGACCGAGUCUGGCCAUACUGGGCAUAGCAGCUGGAGCCAUUGUAGGCUGGCCCUUCAGCGCUCUGCUCGGCUUUCCCAUUGCCUUCGACCUCCUCUUAGUCAAGAAGAAAUGGAAAAGUUUCAUCACGUGGACACUCGUGGCCCUGGUGCUCUUUCUGGUCCCAGUUGUGGUGGUGGACAGUUAUUACUACGGCAAACUGGUGGUUGCACCGCUAAAUAUAGUACUCUACAACGUCUUCACUCCUCAUGGGCCAGAUCUUUAUGGUACUGAGCCUUGGCACUACUAUUUUGUGAACGGGUUCCUCAACUUCAACAUUGUCUUUGUGCUGGCGCUGUUCUCGCUUCCUCUCACCGCUCUCAUGGAGGGUCUGCUACAGCGGUUCAAUGUGCAGAACCUCGGCCGUCCCUAUUGGCUCACCCUGUCUCCCAUGUACCUCUGGAUGCUGAUUUUCUUCACCCGUCCCCACAAGGAGGAGCGCUUUCUCUUUCCCAUCUACCCCCUCAUCUGCCUGUGUGGCGCUGUGGCUCUUUCCUCUCUCCAGAAAUGCUACCACUUCAUGUUCCAGCGCUAUCGUUUAGAGCACUACACCAUCUCCUCCAACUGGCUGGCUCUCGCCUCCGUUAUUCUCUUUGGUGUGCUCUCUCUCUCCCGAUCGGUGGCUCUCUUCCGAGGGUAUCACGCUCCUCUGGAUCUGUAUCCAGAGUUCCACCGCAUCGCCAAAGACCCGUCCAUCCACACGGUACCUGAGGGCCGGCCGGUGAGCGUGUGUGUGGGGAAGGAGUGGCAUCGCUUCCCCAGCAGCUUCCUCCUGCCCAAUAACUGGCAGCUCCAGUACAUCCAGUCAGAGUUCAGGGGUCAGCUGCCAAAGCCCUUCGCCCCAGGCCAGGAUGCCACACAUCUCAUCCCGACGGAUAUGAAUGACCAGAAUCUGGAGGAGCUGUCUCGAUACGUGGAUGUGAAGCACUGCCACUAUCUGGUGGACCUGGCCACAGACAACGAAACCCCACGAGAGCCAUGCUAUGCUGCUAACAAGGAGGAGUGGAGUAUCGUCGCAGAAAAACCCUUCCUAGAUGCUUCAAAGUCAUCCAGGUUCUACAGGGCGUUCUUCGUUCCCUUCCUGUCAGAGCAGUACACCAGUUAUAGCAGAUACGUCAUCCUGAAACCACGGAGAGUGAAACACAGCAGGAGACGAACGCAGCCCUGACGCCUCAUCUAGCUGUUGUUUUUUUUCCCCUCUCAUUAUUGCAUUCCUUAUUUGCUUCAGCCCUUUAGCAGUUUUUCUGCACCUCUGGUAAAACAAAACAAAACCCUCUGUUUCGUGUGUGUUUACGUGAUAUCGGCAUGGAAUCGUUAGCCGUUUUGCACUCUGAUCAUCUCAUAUCAUUCCAUACGACGUCCUUUUUCAUGACGGAUCCCUCCAUUUUCCUUCUUUCCUUUCCAAAAACACACACCAUCUGCUGUAUCUCUCAGAGCAGAGGCUCCUUUGCUCAGCCGCCCCCCUUUAAGGAUCUUUCCCAUGUGCACGUCCGCGUAGUCUCGACCUGGUCUCGGACAAUGAACUGAACUCGUCCCAGGUCUCGGGUAACCUCCGUAAUCGGUGCAGAGUAAACAUACACGGACUUGUGUGUCCUGUCUCUUAUCCAGAAGAGGAACAUACAACAGCCCUCAAACACCCCCCACCCCACCCUCCCUUCCCCCGGUCCUCUGAUUGCUCUGAUGUCAGUGUCAGUGAUGUCAUGUCUCGUCCUGGAAAAGAGUCAUUACAGUGUUCAGUGUGUGAUGGAAUCAAAUAAAGAACAUCUUGUUGAUGUGAUGACCAGAGACUUUUAUUGUAAAGAAUAUAGAAAUAUAACGUGCAACAGCUUUGUCCGUUCUUUCAUACUAUUUACCAUCACAGGGUUCUGCUGGGAAAUUAUUAUAUCUAGAAUAAAAACCAGUUAGCUCACUGGCUAACGUUAAUUACGUUCACGCUAAAUUAGUUUGGUGUAAAAAUCUUUUUCAUAAGAUGGAAGAAAGCAAGUGAAGCCGCUCCUCAAUUGUUGAGAUUUUUGGAAGGAUUCUCCAGUAUUAGUGCUUUUGUAAAAGUCUCAGCUGGAUCUCGAGAGGAUUCCAAAGUGACUAGACACUGCA